UGCUGUUGACUCUGGGCGGGAAAUUCCUGUGGAGAGUGGGCAGCGAAAAUUUCUCCAUUCGCAAGCAAGCGAGUGGUCCUGCGACACCUGCACAAUCCCGCAAUUCAAUCCCAUCCUAUCCGCGCGGAACACGGGCCUGGUAAUCGAACCUCCGUCCUUUAUCGCGUCUCUACUCUCCAGUCUCCAGUUGAAGGAGAAGUCGAAGAAGUAUGCCACUCGCAUCGGCAACACCCACCGCAUGUUUUAGCCGCUGCAGCGCUUCAAGUGAGACAAUGCUUCCUUCAUCGGCUUUCAAAAUACCUAAAAUCCCUCGGUUGGGACCUCCAUUCUGGCCAUGGGAGAAGGUGAAGAUGGGUCCACUGACUGUCUCUCCGAUGGGAUUCGGAACGUGGGCUUGGGGCAACCAGCUGCUAUGGGGAUAUCAGGAGGCGAUGGAUGGUGAUCUUCAGGAUACGUUCAAUCUGGCGGUCGAGAAUGGGAUCAAUCUCUUUGACACGGCAGACUCAUAUGGGACUGGAAGAUUAAACGGACAGAGCGAAAGGCUUCUUGGCAAGUUUAUCCGCGAAUUUCCGGGACGAAAGCGAGUGCGUGAUGACAUUGUGAUUGCUACCAAGUUUGCGGCUUAUCCUUGGCGCCUGACACCUGCUCAGUUUGUAAAAGCUUGCAAGUCAUCUUUGGAUCGAAUGCAAAUUGAGAAAAUUGGGAUAGGACAGUUACACUGGUCAACUGCAAAUUAUGCUCCUAUACAAGAGUUGGCUCUCUGGGAUGGUCUAGUUGCAAUGUAUGAGAAGGGUUUAGUGCAAGCUGUUGGUGUUAGCAAUUACGGGCCAAAGCAGCUUGUGAAGAUCCAUGAUUACCUCAAGUCUCGAGGUGUUCCCCUCUGCUCAGCUCAGGUGCAAUUCUCUUUGCUGAGUAUGGGGGCUGAUCAAAUGCAAAUCAAGGAUAUAUGUGACACUCUUGGUAUCCGCUUGAUUUCUUAUAGUCCUCUUGGGCUGGGAAUGCUUACUGGCAAAUAUACAUCUUCAAACCUUCCAAGUGGUCCACGGGCUUUACUAUUUAGCCAAAUUCUUCCCGGUUUGGAGCCCUUGCUGACUGCAUUGAGAGAAAUUGCACAAAGGAGGGAUAAAACUAUACCACAAGUGGCAAUAAACUGGUGCAUAUGCAUGGGCACCAUUCCAAUACCCGGUGUGAAGACAGUAAAACAAGCGGAGGAAAACUUGGGUGCUCUUGGUUGGCGUCUCAGUUCGGAGGAGGUGUCUCAGCUAGAAUGCGCGGCGCAAGAGUCGCCACGAAAAAUGAUCCAGAACAUUUUUCAGACCAGAUGAUUUUUUUUUUUGUUACAUGUGAUUUUAAACCAGAUUAAAAUUUCAUUUCAUACAGUGUUAACACUUGGCAGCUUUGUCUAUAACAGCAUACCAAACCCAUUGGACUUGCUU